AGAGGAGAGCAAAGAUGGUUGCCAUUAGCGACCGAGCAACUGAAACUUGGAGAUGCUUUCUACGAAAUGUGGAAUCGAGCCUUGAUGGAAAAAAACGAAGCGUUUGUCUAUGUAAAACCGGCAGGUUUCUUUAUUUUUACUCGUAAUGGCAACUCCACAGAAAAAUGCAGAAAACUUUAUGAAGGUGGAGGGCAACACGACGGAGCAUAUGGACAGUAUUCAGAAGGCACUGGAGAAACUUCAAAGCCUUUCUCUGGAGGAUACAACAGAGACAGGGAUGCUGCGGUCCAGGAUAGAUGAACAGUCGAAUCUGAUCUGCAUAUUGAAACAGAGAGCAGAUGAGCUGCUUCUUCGCCGUCAAGCCCUGCAAAGAAUCAAUACAGAGCUGGAGGGCCGAGUAACAGACUGCCAGAAAGAACUGGACGUCGAAAGAAAGAAAGCAGAGCUAUUAGAGAAGAGAUUUAUGGAUUUAGCUGCCAACAAUCAAGCCAUUAUUGCUUUCAUGGACGAGUACAAAAAUCAGAAUGUCCAGUUAAAGCUGGAAAACAAACAGCUGCAGUCAGAAAAUGAAACGCUUUUCUCCCAGAAAUUACAAGAUAAAGAAGUGUUUGUUCAAAAACUGAUGCAAGAAAUCAAACAGCUGACAGAGAAAUACACAAAUAAGGAAAAUGAAUAUCGGGAUAAAUUAGCUGGAUGCCAGUCCAAACUCCUGGAACAAGCAGCUCAGCAUCAAGCCAAGGAGGCAUCACUACUUGAUCAACUGCAUGAUGCUCAGCAACAGCACAGAUAUGCUGUAGAGAUGUGCCAAGACCUUAAGCUGAAGCUACAAAAGGCUGAAGAAGAGCAUGCGUUGAAGGAAAUCAACCUGAAAGAAAGCAUAACAAGCGUCACCAAAGAGAAGGACAAACUAUUGCAUCUGUCUAUGGAAAGAGGGAAAGUAAUACAGGAGAAACAAGAGGAAAUCCAGCAGCUGGAGACAAAAUGGAAGGAAGAGAAAAAAGCCCGGGCCAAAGCAGAGGACAGGUUUGAACAGGAAGCAGAAGCGGUUAAUGCAGAUUUAAAAGUGAAGGCUCUCCAGUCCGCUCUUGAUGAAUCCAUGACAAAAUAUGGGAAGUUCAAAAAGGAUUUUGAAGCCUUCAAAGAACACAGCACCAACCUCCUUUUACAAGAAAGGGAGUUAAAUAAGAAACUUCGGCAUCUGAUGGGCUAAACUUUAGCAUUAUUUAAGUGUUUUCUUACCAAUGUUUUCAUUAAAACAAAUAAUUUUCACCAAGAAUGUUUGCUCACUAACACUGCUAAGAAUGAAAAAAGGACAAAUCGUGAUUUAAAAAAAAAAAGUAUAUAUCACAAUGUCAUUUUUUAUUUCAUUUUCACCUUUGGAACCUUUGGAGAAAUGGAACCACAAUACAUCAUACUCAGCAUGACAUGUUAGAGGUUCCUCAAAUAGAAAUUAUACUGUACAAAUGUUUAUCUCAUAAAACCUUGCAGACAAAUCACUUAA